GCGCGCGCCUCAUGGCGUGUCUUGUGUACGGCAAAAGAUUGCUGUGAAUGGCAUGGAGCAAGCCCCUGUCCCAACGUCUUCGGUGACACCAGCCGGUUCCAAGUCGCCGUCUUGGGACUCCCGGAUUGCCUUCCGUUCCCCGAUCGGAGAUUUCUGGGCCAAAGUCGGCGCAACCUUAAUCCUUCGUGAGCGCCUCGUUCUCACCUCGCUGCAGCCCGACAAAUCGAGCAAUUGAGUCAGGCGGCUAGGUGCAAUUGAGGAUUACCUGAAAAAGUGACCUUCCUCUCAAGCCGAUUACAGCGGGUAUCUAACUUCCCUACGCUACAAGACCAACAGGCCGGCCUCCGUUCUACCUCUCAAGACUUCCCGUCAAUUCAAGUGUGCCGCUCUUUUUCCCAACAUCGCCUUGCCGUCGCGCCUCGGACCCGCUGCCGGAUUCUCACUGCAUUCAUCACAGCUUUUCUCGAACAACAUGUGCAAAUUUAUCCAGCGGGAGUAUCUCUGCGGACAUCAACGGUUCAUCGCCUCGGAAUGGUGCGAUGUCUACACCAUGACACACAAGCGAUGCCCGCCCGAGAUAACACAUUAUGAAUAUGUCCCACAACUACUCUGCGGCGACUGCAAGGCGAAGAACCAGCCUCCUGUCCCAUGGGAGUCUAUGAUCAAGCGACACAGCAACAAUCGCGCCAUCUCUUCUCUCUAACACUCGUUCUACUGCGGCUGGGGUAUGGCGUUGGCUUGUAUUUUGGCUCUCGAGUGUCCAGGCAGAGAUGCCUG